CGGAGCCUGACUAAGUGCCGCCCCCUCGCCGGCCGCAGAUUGCAGUUUCCUCCCCCUGCUAGCUGGACUGCGCCGCAGCUUCAGUGAGCUGCGCUGGACCGGCCGGGGCGGGGCCUGGCCGACCCGGGUUUGGCGGGCUGGUCCCCAGGAAUGCCUCAUCCCCGCCCCAAAGUGCCACGGUGGCGGUGGUGGCGGCCGCGAGGCCCAGUGCCUCCGGCCCUGCCAGCCUUGCAAUCAUAACCUGUAAUCCGGACCUGAGGGACGCCCGCCGGGGAGGCGCCAGCCUGCCUCUCCUUGCGGCCACUGGUCGCCUCCGACCUCAAAUCACCCGGCUCACUCGCGGGUCGCAGCACCUGCCGGAUGUGGGGAGGAAGGAGGAGGCCAGAUGAGGGAAGGCCGAUGUAGGCGCCCACUCUGUCAGCGCCUCGGUAGGGCAGCGGGGUGGGCAAGCCUGCAGUCGCUCCCGGCAACCAGCCCUGGGCUGCGGGGAGACGAAGUUGGUUGGUCCUGCUCUCCAAGAGCGCCCCGACAUCGACGUAAAAUGACUUGGCACCAGAGCUCCUGCUGCCUCCCCCUAAUGCAGUUGCCCUCGCCGAUGCCAGGGACUGUAAAGUUAGAUGGGACAGGGCCUAGCGAUUCACCCAACGCUUUGAGCUUCCCAGCCAAACUCCUACCCUCACUCCCCGCCUCCGGUCCUCAUCCCCUUCCUCUCUCCCAGCCUCGGUGUCUGGUUACGGCUCCUCUGCUGGCAUUGUGACUUUGGGCCAAGCUGGGGGAAAUGGCCCGGGAGGGUUUCUUGCGGCUGCAGAAAAUUGGCAGCCUUAGAACUAGUGGAAGGCGGGUGCGCGACAUCGAGGGGCGGAGAGAGGGGGGCGGAGGAGCUGCUUUCUGAAUCCAAGUCUGUGGGCUCUCUCAGAAGUCCUCAGGCCGGAGCAGAGGUGGCUGGCGGGACCGGCUGACUGCAACCCUGCUUUCUUUCCAUCAUCUUCUCUUUCGGACUCGAAUCAUAGCUGCUCCGAAGGGCGUAGUCCAGGACACUAGGGUGCUGAGAACGCUCUGAUGCUCCGAGUGCUCGCAGGGCUUCCAGCUAACCAUGCCGCCGCUGCCCGCAGCUGCCUUGGCGCUGCCUCUGCUCCUGCUACUGCUGGUGGUGCGGACGCCGCCCCCGACCGGCGCAAGGCCGUCCCCAGGCCCCGAUUAUCUGCGGCGCGGCUGGCUGCGGCUGCUAGCGGAGGGCGAGGGCUGCGCUCCCUGCCGGCCAGAGGAGUGUGCCCCACCGCGAGGCUGCCUGGCGGGCUGGGUGCGCGACCCGUGUGGCUGCUGCUUGGAAUGCGCCAACCUCGAGGGCCAGCUCUGCGACCUUGACCCCAAUGCUCACUUCUACGGGCGCUGCGGCGAGCAGCUUGAGUGCCGGCUGGACACAGGCAGCGACCUGAGCCGUGGAGAGGUGCCAGAACCGCUGUGUGCCUGUCGCUCGCAGCGCCCGCUCUGCGGGUCCGACGGUCACACCUACGCCCAGAUCUGCCGCCUGCAGGAGGUGGCCCGAGCUCGGCCCGAUGCCAACCUCACUGUGGCACACCCGGGGCCCUGCGAAUCGGGGCCCCAGAUUGUGUUGCAUCCUUAUGACACUUGGAAUGUGACAGGGCAGGAUGUGAUCUUUGGCUGUGAGGUGUUUGCCUACCCCAUGGCCUCCAUUGAGUGGAGGAAAGAUGGCCUGGACAUCCAGCUGCCAGGGGAUGACCCCCACAUCUCCGUGCAGUUUAGGGGUGGACCCCAGAGGUUUGAGGUGACUGGCUGGCUGCAGAUCCAGGCUGUGCGUCCCAGUGACGAGGGCACCUACCGCUGCCUUGCCCGCAACGCUCUGGGUCAGGUGGAGGCCCCUGCUAGCUUGACAGUGCUCACACCUGAUCAGCUCAACUCUACAGGAAUCCCCCAGCUGCGAUCAUUAAACCUGCUUCCUGAGGAGGAGGCUGAAAGUGAAGAGAGUGAUUACUACUAGAUCCAGAGCUCUGGCCCAUGGGAGUGGGUGAGCGCCUAUAGUGUUCAUCCCUAUUCUUGAAAAUACCUGGAAAGGGGAGCAGGGUACCUUCAUGGACUGCUUUCAUGCUCUCAGUAGGGGUGAUCAUGGGAGGCCUACUUGACUCCAAGGUAGCAUGGUGGUAGGGGAGAGAGAAAAGCUAGAGGAGGAUAGGGAGAGAGGCUGAGACCAGGAGUGGUGGGGUACAAAGGAGCCCAUGCAGGAGGUGCCCUGGCCAGUAGGACCUCCAACAAGCUGUUCCCCAGGCUGGGGUGGGGGCUGGAGCAGACACAAGAGGUGCAGGCACCAGGAUCCUCCACUUCUUCCAGCCCUGCUCAGCUACUCUUCUAACUGCUUUUCCUCCCAGGCCCUGGUUCUUGCUCUUUCCUGGUCCCCAACAUUUACCUAGCUUGUUUACCCUUUCCCCAAAGUCAUCUUCCAGAACUUUUCCUUCUCUCCUAAGCCCCAGUUGCACCUACUAACUGCAGUCCUCUUUGCUCUCUGCCGUCUUUUGUACAGGAGAGAGUGCAGCGGAGCAUGGCUUAGUUCAGUGCAGAGAGAUGGGCGAGGUCAGUCCCCAGAUCUUAUACCACUCUGUAUUGGGCAAAGCCUAGCACAGGGCUAGGCACCAAUAAAGAUUUCUAAUGAACUAGGCCACACAGACGCACACACAGUUUAUGCAGUUGUGCACACGAAAAUGGAAUAUCCCUGGGAGGCCUCCCACACUAGCAGAACUCUGGCUUCCAGAAGCUGCAGGGCCUGUUCUCUAAGCACAUGCCUGCCAGAUGUACAGAGAAGGCUUGAACUUGGGCCUACCCUGCCUUUGAGGGAGGGAGGUGGGGCCAUCUGGUUGGAGGGAAGGCAUAAUCCCAGUCUGCCCUCCACUGGGGCUGGUAUAGACACCUGCUUCUGUGCUUAUCUUACCGAACACUUCCCCAGGCAGAAUGGGGAAUCAGGCCUGUGUGGAUAGCCCCCCCCAAAUGAAAGCAUAAACUGGAUAGAGGGGAGCAGAAGUUUGGUCACCUGUGUGGUCCAUACCCUUCCCCAGCUCGGAUAGGAAUCUACUCAUUUCCCUGCAGAAGGCAGAGCCAUAGUAAGCCUGUUUCCUAUUUGUCCCAAUUGUGACCCGUCCUAUCUGGCUUGGGGUCCCUCCCAGAACUACAUUCUUGGGCUCCCCAAGUCUCUUUCCUCAUUCUCCUUACCUAGCCCAGGGACACUGGUGAGAUUCAAUGUUUAUUUAAUGAUUGAAGCGUAAGUCAGCGAGGCCGAGACACUGUGUGUGGAUAACGACGGCCUCCUAUACGCCAGGGCUCCACCGGGAUCCUGGCGCCACUGCGGGAGGGCCUGCCCUUGGAUCUGCGUCACAGUUUGUCCUCUGGGGCCGAACGCAGGCAGCCCAGUCUCCUGGGAGGGGCAUGGUCCGGAACUCCAAUCCAAGGGCUUGCCUGGCCGCCCCUCCUGCGGCUACGCACUACUCCAUCUACUGCUGCCUUGCCCCCAGCCCCUAAGCCAGCGACAGAUUUUAUUGCCGAACCCGGGCUGGAGCCGGGCGGCCCCAGGAGCCGUGCAGCCGUGCAAGCGGGUUGGAUACCGGGAGCCGAUUCCAGGGAGACCACCCAAGCAGAGGCAGAGGGGUAGGCGGGGGUGGGGCGUGCUGUUCGGAGUCGUGGCCAGAAUCCUCUGGGCGCUGAAAGAGGGGACGUGGGUGUAAGUCCCAGCAUCAACCAGGUAAUUCGCCCCCUAGUUUAGUUUGCUCUUCACCCAACUGGACUCCUAGGCGCCCUCUGCGGGCCCAUAGCUCCUAUCGCGCCCACCUGCAGGGCAGAGGCUCCUCGCCAAAAGCCCCACCCCACCGGAGAGGGUCACGCAGGUCCCGGGGGAAUCCGUACUUCUAGAUCGCGUUAGCCGACUUUGUAGGUGUUCAGGAGCAGCCUCCUAGCAGCCUCAGUUUCCCCCUCCACCGUCGUGCUGGUUCAAGCCCCGCAGCCUGGAAUGGGAAAACUGUUGCCCACCGCCCCCCUCCCUCCCCGCACCCCGCCUCUGCUGCAGCGGACCCGCUUUAAUAACGUCGCUGGAAAGUGACACGCGAUUUAUUAUUAAAGUAAUGCGGGCGCGGGGACGGGAAAGGUUUAAUAAACGUGCUGAGAUGCCGAGGAUUAUUCACCGCAAAUAAAUGAGAACGCGGGCGGCGUUUUAAUAAAUAAUUUCCUGCUGCUCCCGGGGGAGGGAAGGGGAGGGGAAAGGAGGAAGAUGGGGAGGCUGAGCCGCUGCCAGAACUCCCGGCUUCGCCUCCCCACGGGCUUCCAAGCCAUCCCCGCGUUCUGUGUCCUAGGUUGCUCAUACCCGAGAUGUGAGGCUCCAAGAGCUCCAACCCAGAGUUGCCCAGGCCUGAAGGCGGGAGAGGCUCAGUCGCACCCUGCUUCCCCCACCGGGAGAUUUUAAGUAUAGUCCUCUUGAAAUCCCUGGAAUGCGCUUUCUUCUAGCUCCUACCGGGAGCCAGGACCGACCGGGGCAGGAAGGGUUCCUCGGACCAGCCCCUCCCAAGCCUAGGUUUCCAGGUCUCAGCCGGGCUCUUCGCCCAGCUUUUAGCUGAGCCGGGCUGGGCGUGCGUCUCUCCUCCACCUAGGGCAGGGGGUGAAGAAGAAGCCAGAGGGGGCUGUCUGCAAAUGACCCUAACCCCUCCUCGGGCUGUCGUGAGGAGGCAGGCCGCUUCGUCUGGAUGCUUGUCACCGCGAAGGCGCCAGAGAAGGGUUGCGCAGCCGUGCUGCAUAACUGAGGGUGUCUGAGCGAAGCCCAGCCCCUGGCGCUCUGGUGACCGGGGGUCGCUGUGCGUACUGAGCAGAACUGGAGCUCGAAGCCGGAAAGCGACCCUCAAAAAGAUGCCUGAAAGCCGGAAAGAUGAACCCGACCCAGAGAGCUCCAAGACUGCAGACCCUGGGGACCGAGGACACGCUCACCACGCUGGUGGGGGCUGGGGGAAGGGCGCGGGCGGUUCGGGGAAGCGCCAGAGGAACUCCUGGCUCUUGAGUUUUAGCACAAAUAGGUGACGUCUCUGGUAACACUUAGCAGUACAGGAAGUGGGGAAGGAGUGCUAUCUGGUGGAUCAUUAUGGUAGUGACACUCAGACCUGGGCCAGGAACCUUGAGACAAUUUACUUGACCUGGAAAAAUCUGAGUUAAAAAAAAAAGAUGCUUCAA